AUGUCUUUUUGCAUGGAUCAGGUCGAUUGUGCAUACGUAAGGGCAUUGUUCCCUGCCUACCUGCUUGAACAACCCAUUGGACAUGAACUGUGGAAGAUUUACCUUCGUAAUCGGAAGCUCUUUCACAAGCUUAAGAACAAAGGACAGAGUGUACCUGUGCUGAAAGAGGCUCGGCUUCACAAGUUGAAGCCCAAUGUUAGUCAUGCCACCCGAAAAGAAAUUUGGGAAAAGCUGAUGAAUUUGGGGGUCUUAGGCACCGUCCCAUAUAAUUCAGUAGGGGAUGAGUAUUUGAUGCAGGUCUAUCAGUACUUUUACCCAGACAUAGACCAAGACUCAUUCGGCGACUCAAGACGUAAUGAGGCCGCUGAUGAGAUGCAAAUUGAUAGUGAUUCAGCCGAUUUAACUAAGCCGGUCGACCCGAUUGCUCAUUUGGUUAGACGCUUGGGAGAAGAUGACGACGGAGAGGACGAUGAUGAAGAUCUUGAUGAUGAUGACGAUGACGAUGAUGAUGAUGAAGACGUUACUCAAGCCGCAGAGCGCGAUGAUCAAGUGGGCGAUGAUGAAGAUGAGGAGGACGAUGACGACAAUAUUGAAGACAUUCAUCAAACAGAGGAACAUCGCGGGGCCUCAGAUCAAAAACUUCAAGACUCAGAAAAGGACCAAUAUUUUUCGCCGCUUACUGAAAGCUCCCAUCAAAAUAGGCCCAAAAAGAACUAUGUGUCUAUGGAUAUUUACAAACUUUUGGGCUACCCUCUUCCCCACGCAUGGGACGCGCAGUCUAGCAAUAGCAUGAUGGUUUCCUCGGAUGGCAGUAACCAGCUUAAACCAAACCCGUCGUUGGAAGGAUUUCCUAGAAGGAGCGAUUCGAUUGUUGGAAGCGGCUUCUCCGUAAGUUAUUCGAGUUACAGCGCUAAGUUUGAGUACGUUAGUGCAAGGGCAAACAAUUCCAUCUUGUCUAAGAAAAUGGCCAUCUUCUAUUAUGAAAUCAGGGUUUUAUCUGUGACAAGUUCCCAGUCUGGCCAAAACUGCAACAUUAAAGUCGGCUUCAAAGACUUGUCGAAAUUUCAGGCCGGGUCUGCAUCGCCAUCAAGAACAGACUUACAUGCUGGCGAUCCCGUCUCGAUAAAUCGGCAGUCUGCAAGCAUAAUGAGGUCGACUGUUGAAUCAAGUUCAACCACCUCUACCAAAAGCCGCGGAGAUGGUUUUGAUAAGGGUAGUUUUGGUUAUUGCGGCCAAGAUGGUUACAUAACUGAUGGCACUCAGUACAAAAUCUAUGGUAAGCAAUAUGGGCGUGGAGAUGUUAUCGGCUGUGGUGUAAAUUUCGUGGAUGGCACAAUCUUUUUCACGAAAAACGGUAUAAAUCUAGGGACUGCUUUCACGGAUGUCCAUGAUCUGGAUCUGGUUCCGUUUAUUGCUUUGAAACCUGGGAAUAUGGUUCGAACAAACUUCGGUCUCCAUGAAGAGUUUGUAUUUGACAUAUUGAACUACCAACGCAUGCUCAAGUCUAAGGCUUACCAUCAUAUUUACAAGAGUAUCGAUGGCCAUGACGGUCGCAAUGAUUUUGAAAGUAGUAUUCAUAGUGACCAAGAUGAUUUUGACGAUGACCCUCCUUUAAGUGGUGACAACAGAGGAGGGUUUCUACUCCAAAAUGAUGAGCGGUUCAGUGGGGAUAAGCUCUACCGCCCCGAGGUCGAAAAGCUGAAUAAUCUCAGCACCGAUGAUGACUCAAUACCGUGUGCUAUGCAUGCCAUGAUCAAUGACCAUCUCAUACACGAAGGCCUUAUAGAUGUUGCAAAGGGGUUUUUGAAAGAUCUUCAAAAAGACUGUAUUCCCAACAGCGACGAAGAACGCGCUAGACUAGUUAUAAGACACAACGAGAGACAAAUCAUAAAAGAGGAAAACAACUUGAAGUUAAGGCAAAGUAUUAGGCGUUUCAUCAACGAAGGUGACAUAGCGCAAUGUUUGGUUUUUAUUAAUAGCCAAUAUCCCGGCUUGAUCGAAAAAAACGUCGACCUUCUAUUCGAGUUAAAAGUCGCUGAGUAUCUUCUCAUGUUUGUCCAGUUCAAGAGCCAUUCCAUCGAUGAAAUUCUUCGAAAGGGCCAAGAACUUACUUCUGAGUUUGUUUAUAGCCAGCAAGUGCCCGCGGACUACAAAGAUGGCUUUCGGAACCACCUGAAUGACAUAUCCUCGCUUCUUGCAUAUGACAAUCCAUUGAGAGAGUGCAAUGAGGACCUCGCAAUAUACCUAACACCAGCAUAUCUGCAGGAUCGGCUUUUCCAACUUGUCAACUCCAGAGUUUUAGCUUUCUUGGAGAAGAAAAGCGAAAGCUCGCUAGAAAGCAUGGUGAGCUACACGCGAGCCAUGAUAGACACCUUGAUGGAAUAUGGAGAAGGAAGUUCUUUGGUGCACAACGAUUCAGAAUUGCGCUUCCACAAGCUGGUAAAUAUUGAUGAGGAUCUUCUUAACAUGUGA